GGCAAUCGCAGCAGCAGUGAACACGCCAAUCUGGCGGAUACUGAUUACAAUCAAUUACAAACAUGUCUCUGCGCACUUGCAGCCACCAGCUGGCUGCCCUAGACGCGAAGGCGGUGAAGGCGUGGCUUCAGGACGCCAGCUGGAAGGGCAAGAAGCGCACCGCCGCCACCAAGGCCAAGAUGUCGGCGGCUAUGAAGGGCAACACCAACAGGAUGAAGAAACGUUAAACCAAGUUGCUGCUGUGCUGAACAAAGUAUUGAACGAAGACUGUACCUUACCGGGCGUUAGGCUGGGCGGCGCAAUGAAGGACUGGUACAUGUGCAGCACGCUGAAGGCGGUGCUUUGAUGGGACUUCUGAAUCGAAUGGCUUACUGGUGGUCUAACUUCAUAUCAUUAGUCUUACUAUAUUUAUCCGGUGACCAAGACCCGUGGACCAGCGCUAGCAGCGGGUUAGCUAGCCUGAGCAUGAGAAGACACCGUGGGAAGACACCUGCAAGUGAUCAAAGUGAGCUAUGGCUGGGUGUGCGUUAAAUGCAUAUGAA